AUGGCCUCGGAUAAAAUCAGAGUCAAACGACUUUAUGCGAUUCAUUCGAAAAGUUUGAGUGAAAACGAAAGUUCUUCAUCGACAACAUCUCAUUUCCUCCGCGUUAGGGAGAGAAGUGGCAGUGUAUCGUCUACAUUCUCCCUGGCUCGUAUCAAAAAGGACAAAAACGAUGGAAAGGAAGGCUUGGCAAAGAUGGCGAGAAAUGAAAACGACAGCUGGUUUUCAAGCCUCAAAUUGCAGUCGAGACGCGUUUUCAGUGGCGACAAAAACGAGGGAGACCCUGGAAACGCGCCUUGUGUGGAGAAAGACCACAUAGUAAAAAGAUCCCGCAGUGGUAGUGGUUCCAUGAUUUUUUCUGCUAUAAAGUUCAGGAAAAAUCUUACAUUUUUCAACGCACAGGGUUACCCAAUUAAUACACCUUCGUCUGAGCCGCUUCAAAGAAAGAAUUUUAUUGCAGUAACAUCUAACAACAAAGACAUCGAAAUCAUCAAACAAGAAAAGCCUCGACAUCGCACAGUCUCGUUUUCAAGUCGGUCGCUACUUCAGUCAUCAAUAGCUCGUAAUGACGUCUUAGAGCUAAGCAGCCUAAUCGACAAUGAUAGGGACCUGGACCUGAAUGAACCGGAUGAUCUGGGCAUAACCAUGAUGCACCGUGCAGCAAUCGAUGGAAGCUACCGCUGUCUGAACUUUCUUCUCUCUCGAGGCGCAGAUGUGAAUGUCACUGAUUUUCAAGGCUGGACUCCACUUCACGAUUCUGUUUUCCAUGGGCAUAUCCGCUGUGUGGUUAUUCUUCUUAUCUCGGGCGCAAACGUAGAGGCGGAGACGAAGGAUUUUCUGAAGCCCAUAGAAAUGGCAGAGGACGAAGAAAUGAUUUUAGUGGUUGGUAGAGCAAUGGCCACGAACAGAACUGGACAAAAUCCAAAUUAUGACAAAGAAACUCUCGUGUGA